AUUUCUGUUCUUUCAUAACUUUUCGAUUUUUGAUCAUUCCGGUGUGGUGAUUAUUUUUCUAUCUCAUGCUAAUAAUAAUUUAUUUAAUCUACGGUUUAUAGAAAAAACUAAAUUGAAAAUGUCCAGCAACCCUAACCCGCUGAACGAUCUAGCCGGCCGUUUCAACAAAGCCCCAAAAGGUGUUGGAAUCGGACUGAAACUCUUAGCUCUCGGAGGAGCCGCUCUUUAUGGCGUUAAUCAGUCGAUGUACACAGUUGAGGGAGGUCACCGAGCCAUCAUAUUCAGUAGAAUCGGUGGUAUUCAAAAUGAUGUGUUCACUGAAGGUCUUCACUUCAGAAUUCCAUGGUUCCAGUACCCUAUUAUUUACGAUAUAAGAUCAAGACCGAGAAAAAUUUCAUCUCCCACCGGAUCAAAAGACUUACAAAUGGUGAACAUUUCCUUAAGAGUUUUAUCGCGACCGGAUGCUUCCAAAUUACCGGUCAUGUACACUCAUCUGGGCCUAGAUUACGAUGAAAAAGUCCUACCUUCGAUUUGUAACGAAGUUUUGAAAUCAGUGGUGGCUAAAUUUAACGCUUCGCAACUUAUUACCCAAAGACAGCAAGUGUCGUUAUUGGUGCGAAGAGAAUUAAUAGAACGAGCAAAAGAUUUCAAUAUUAUCUUAGACGAUGUGUCAUUAACCGAAUUGAGUUUCGGAAAAGAAUACACCGCUGCCGUUGAAGCUAAACAAGUCGCUCAACAAGAAGCUCAACGUGCUGUUUUCGUCGUAGAACGAGCUAAACAAGAAAAACAACAGAAGAUUUUACAAGCUGAGGGUGAAGCCGAAGCUGCCAAAAUGUUAGGUCAAGCCGUCGGUAUGAACCCGGGUUAUUUGAAAUUACGUAAAAUUCGUGCUGCUCAAAGUGUCGCUCGAACGAUCGCCACUUCGCAAAACAAAGUGUAUCUUGGCGCUAGCAGCUUGAUGUUGAAUAUUGCCGAUCCCGCGUUCGAUGAUCAUAGUAAUAAACUCAAGAAACACUGAAUAUACAUUCGAAUUUGUUGUUCUUUAAAUAGUUAGUUUAAUUAAUUUUUUUGUGUACGGUUAAUAAAAGUAUAAAAUCAAAUACCAUUGUA